AUGGCGCCGAAAGCUGACUGGGAGAAGUGGGACAAGAAAGUUGACGACAAGGAGGAGAAGGAGAUCAAGCCCCUUGAUGAUAGCGACAUUCAAAUCCUGAAGACCUAUGGUCAAGGUCCCUAUGCCGCCAGACUCAAGAAGAUAGACUCGGACAUUAAGGAGGUCCAGAAGCGCAUUAACGAGAAGAUCGGUGUGAAGGAGUCCGACACUGGCCUUGCUUCACCAAACCUAUGGGACCUCGCGGCAGACAGACAACGUAUGGGCGAGGAGCACCCCUUACAGGUCGCCCGGUGUACCAAGAUCAUUCCCAUGGAUCCCGAUGCGGCGGAGCGCGCUCGUGCGGUCAACCCGGAGGGUGCAGUCCAGGGCCAGAAGGGUGCAGACGAGCAGGACAAAUACGUCAUUAACAUCAAGCAGAUUGCAAAGUUCGUCGUUGGCCUGGGCGAGCGUGUGGCACCAACAGAUAUCGAGGAGGGUAUGCGUGUGGGCGUGGACCGUAACAAAUAUCAGAUCCAGAUUCCCUUGCCUCCCAAGAUCGACGCCUCUGUCACGAUGAUGCAGGUCGAGGAGAAGCCUGACGUGACUUACUCCGACGUUGGUGGCUGCAAGGAGCAAAUCGAGAAGCUCCGCGAAGUUGUCGAAACCCCGCUGCUUUCACCCGAACGGUUUGUUAACCUCGGUAUUGACCCACCAAAGGGUGUGCUUCUCUUCGGUCCCCCGGGAACUGGCAAGACCCUUUGUGCCCGUGCGGUGGCGAACCGAACAGACGCCACAUUCAUUCGUGUGAUCGGUUCCGAGCUCGUGCAGAAAUAUGUCGGCGAGGGAGCGAGGAUGGUUCGCGAGCUGUUUGAGAUGGCGCGGAGUAAGAAGGCGUGCAUCAUCUUUUUCGAUGAGGUCGAUGCUAUUGGUGGCGCGCGUUUCGACGACGGUGCCGGCGGUGACAAUGAGGUGCAGCGGACGAUGCUUGAACUCAUCAACCAGCUGGACGGUUUCGAUCCCCGUGGAAACAUCAAGGUGCUCAUGGCCACUAACAGACCUGACACUUUGGACCCUGCUCUCUUGCGUCCUGGUCGUCUUGACCGUCGUGUUGAGUUCUCACUACCAGACAAUGAGGGCCGCGCACAUAUUCUUCGCAUUCACGCAAGAAGUAUGAGCGUAGAGCGCAACAUCCGUUUCGAUCUCAUUGCACGACUAUGUCCCAACACGACUGGUGCUGAGUUGCGGUCAGUGGCGACGGAGGCGGGCAUGUUUGCCAUCCGUGCGCGGCGGAAGGUCGCAACAGAGCGUGACUUCUUGGAUGCCGUCGAGAAGGUCGUGCGCCAGGGCACCAAGUUCUCGUCAACCGGCCUCAUCUUUAAUCCAGAGCAGUCUACUGACAGCCCCCUCUCCCCCGUGGAGCUCUCGCGGCUCAUGGAACAACACGCCAGGCAGCCACCGCGCCCCCUCACGCUCUCCAAGCUCCUCUCGUUCGCCCGGCCGCUCACCCCGGACUCGGUCCUGCAGUCCGUCGGGUACGUGUUCUCAGAGAUCCCGCGGAUGCUCGCCAUGCGUGCGCGCGCCCUCGAGGCCCUGCCGUUCAUCGUCGGCAUGAACCCUUACAUCGCACGGACGCUGCAGUCCCACCGGCGUGCGUUCCAGUUCCUGGUCACCCACCCGCCCGUGAGGACGCUCGAGGAGAACGCGCUGCUGAUCGAGAACCUGGCGGACCUCGUCAGGAGCCACGCGGACGACAUCCCGGCGAUGGCGAAGGGGUUCCAGGAGUGCGCGCGGUACUUGACCCCUGAGCAGAUCAGCGAGUUCUUGGACAACGCGAUUCGGAACCGUAUCGCGGUCCGCCUCAUUGCGGAGCAACACAUCGCUAUCUCGAGGGACCUCGCGCAAGGCGACGGGGCCAGCAACCAUCUCGGUGUCGUGGACCUCGCGUGCUCGCCGAAGGAGCUCAUCGGCGUAUGCGGCUCUUUCGUGAAGGACCUGUGCGAGGCUACCCUUGGUGCGAGUCCACAGAUCGUGAUAGACGGCGAUGCGGACGCGACGUUCGCCUACGUGCCCGUACACCUCGAGUACAUCCUCACCGAGAUCCUUAAGAACUCCUUCCGCGCAACCGUGGAGUGGCACCAGCGACACCACUCCCAUUCCUCCCCUGCGCGCGUCCCCCCCGUCGUCAUCACCGUCUCCAAAGCACCGCACCCCGACGCCCUCUUCCCGCCGUCGUCCCAGCCGCCGUCCAAGUUCCCGUUCCCGAUAUCCUCGCUACGCACCGCCGAGCGCCCCUCCCGGUUCCUCUUCCUCCGCGUCCGCGACCAGGGCGGCGGCGUGUCCCCGGAGAACAUGUCCCGCAUCUUCUCGUACUCCUUCACCACCGCCGGGCGCGGCGCGGAGAUGCACUGGGAAGACGAGGGCAUGGGCGGCGGCCCGUACGCCGCGCAGCACAUGAGCGGGGCGGGCGCGAUCGACGGCGGCGCGGGCGGCGAGAGCCUCUUCUCGGAGAUCGCGGGGCGCGGGGUGCAGAUGGGCAUGGGCACCAUCGCCGGGCUGGGGUACGGGCUCCCGAUGAGCAGGCUGUACGCGAAGUACUUUGGAGGCUCGUUGGACUUCAAGUCGCUGGAUGGCUGGGGCAGCGACGUCUAUAUCAAGCUGCGCUGCCUCGAUGAUGGAGGAGACGUCGAACUGUAGUCUAGUUAUCCAAGAUCCAAGUAAUUGUACAACAUAGGAAGAGAAAUGGUUAUCAUAGGCCCGAGUGGCCGAGAACAUUUUCUGACGAAGUCCGGAAGAAGUUGAUAAAGGACGCACAGCGCAGUAUGAAUUGUGGAUGUCUUAACAUAGCGACCCUCGCUCUUGGGUAAUAG